AUGAGCCUCGACCACUUCCGUACUAGCAAUAAUGAGAAGAUCCCAUGGUGCCUCGGGGCCAUCCGGUCAAUGGACACCCAUUUGGCAACCCACAAGCUCGACUCCCGCACAUAUCAAUACCUCGAACUCAACAGCCUGCCGACGAAGCUCGAUUGCGUCCACGAAGAAAGCGACUGUCCAUUCCUCGAGAACCACCGCAUCGUGCCCAAACUCGGCAGCCUCAUUGACGAGUCGGUGAAGAACGACGCCCUCCAGCGAGGCGAAAUGCGCACUGUUGUGUGCCUCCCGUGGAUGUAUGGUUGGACGAUGCCGUCAUGGACUGGAGACAUCCGACCGCCGUUACUCGUCACAGCAGAAGAAUGCGAAGGGCGAGAGGUUCUCGAGGCGCUAUUUGCAGCUGGAGAUGACAGGGCUGAUGUGCCGUCCUGGGGACUAACGGGAACCUCUUUUUGCCUUCCCCAGUACCAGAGACCUCCUUGCGCCUUGCCUAUCUCGAGCGACUGGUCUACGUCGACCGUUGGACCGACCGUUCGAGGCCCUGCUCCGGUGCAGCCCUCGAGUGAAACGAACCGGUCGUCAGUCUCCCCGGGUUCCUGGAAGACCGCAGUCACCGCCGCCACCGCCACCGCCACCGCCGCCAUCAACCGGAAACCCCACAGCCGAAGAUGCCUCCCCCGCCAGGCGGAAGAAAACAUGGCUAAUGUUGACCUGCUCGAUGUAAGCGGCGAGAGUCUUGACACCGCUGUCAAGUCAAACAAUACCGGCAACAAGAUUGCCGCUCGAGGCAAAUAUGCUCAACAACAUUAUAAUAAGCCAAGUGAUACCGGCAACAAGAUUACCGAGGCCCAGUUCAACGAGUGGAUGGCUGUAUCGCUCGAUUUCCCUGGUGCUCAACAAAAUCAAAACAAGCCAAGUGAUGCCGGCAAUAAGAUUACUGAGGCCUAG